AUGUCAUGCUUCACGCGCGGAUACGUUGUCAAGAAAUUCGGCCUAGACGAUCUCUUCAUCGCCAUCGCCGUUACCCUCGGAGCCGCACAGACUGUCACCAUCAUAUUGCAAAUCGAGCAUGGCCAGGGACGACAUGCAUCAGAGCUUCACGUGGAGCAAUUCGACGAGAUGCUCAUGUACCAAUGGAUCAAUAUGCUCAUCUACUUUGUCGCAAAUUGGGCGGUCAAGAUGAGCAUCUUAUCUCUGUACUACCGAAUCGGCUAUGGAAAACAGGGCCUGCCAUGGAUCGUGCAGUCACCUGCUGUAUGGACAGCGGCCGGCUUUAUGACUGCCUUUAGUUUCUCCGUCUUCCUUGCUCAAUUGUUCAUCUGUACACCAGUAUCACGUGUCUGGGAUAUCGAAGCCCAACCCGAUGGAUGCAUUAAUGCUGCCAUGUUCAUGGUCAUUUCGGGUGCCAUCAAUGUCGUCACUGAUAUUGUCUUGUUGAUCUUCCCGUUGCCUUUGAUAUGGGUGAUCAAAUUCAACAAGAGACAAAGGACGGCUCUAGCAGUCAUUCUCUCUAUCGGCGUCAUCCCGGUCAUAGCCAGCACCAUGCGCCUUUGCGAGAUUGUCAUGUCGGACAGUCCCAUCAGACCAGGAAGUACAUGGCAAGAAGUCGAUUUCAGCUGGGGCUGGUCUUGGGUUCCAGUAUGGUCCCAAAUCGAGGUUGACAUUGGCAUUCUGGCCGCCUCUCUUCCCUCACUGUCCCCUUUACUCAAACAUGUUUUCCACUGUCCCGCUCGAGCCACCACACCUUCCGAGGUACCCACUCUACCAGGAUACCGCGGGAGUUGGGGAGAAAAGAACCUGGUCAGCAUGGACGACGAAGACGAUAUCGAGAAAUCGCCAUGGGACUUUGCAUUACCCGAAGAGAAGAAUGGCGCAUUCGAUUUCGAUGUGGAGAGGAGAUUGACCGUUACGGAGAUUGAAAUGGGAAAGGCUAUGGAUAUGGGGAACAGUUACUUCGAUGAUACCGCGUCGGAGGUCGAGGAGAGAGAAUCGGCAGUUCUCAUCUCAUGUUAG